CAUUUAUCAAGCCUUAGAGAAGAAAGAAGCACUGAAGCAGUGUUCGGAAUUUCAGGUUUUCUGUCAAUAGCGUAUUUAGCUUCCGAGAAACGACAAUGUCGGGCCGUGGAAAGGGAGGAAAGGGUUUGGGGAAGGGUGGUGCGAAGCGUCAUCGUAAGGUCCUUCGUGAUAACAUCCAGGGAAUUACCAAGCCAGCCAUCAGAAGGUUGGCUAGAAGAGGAGGUGUGAAGCGUAUCAGCGGUCUGAUCUACGAGGAGACCAGAGGAGUUCUCAAAAUCUUCCUCGAGAACGUGAUCCGCGACGCUGUGACCUACACCGAGCAUGCUCGUCGUAAGACGGUUACUGCGAUGGACGUGGUUUAUGCUCUUAAGAGGCAGGGCAGGACUCUCUAUGGGUUCGGUGGUUAGGGUUUUCAUAAGAAAAGUCUUGCUGUCAAGAAAAAGAAACACAAGAACUAGUUGUCCUCUUUCCUUUUCUGUUUCUUCUCUAGGGGUGUGUAGUUGGUUACUCAAUCUUGUAAUUACUAUGCCCUCUGUCCUGUUGUUGGAGAGGGAAAAUGUAGAUGUAAUGCACACCUUGUUGAAUCAAUCUAGAAAAUUCUUCGUUUCGUAUUUUGA